AUCAAAUAAUUUUUCCACGUCCAAGGAUAUACAGCAGUUUUCCUUGAUUUUGAUUCCAUCAUAAUUGUUGUUGGCAUGAAUAACAUUGAAGGUUUCCAGCUAAAGUAUUGACUUGGCAACUGAUAGUGGUACUGACGUUUUAAGCCCCAUGUAGAACUAUGUAAAGUAUGUACACAACAGAUUACAUCAAGUAAGCACUUUUAAUGAUAUCGAAAUAUUUAUCAACAAAUCAUGCACCUGCAUGGCAAUAAUAUCAAAUGACCAUGGAAUGAAUAUAACGUAUAUACACAGAUAUGUUAUCGAUGUGUGUUCUCUUCGAUUCUGCUCACAGGAAAGAGGAAGCCGAAUUGUUAACUUGUCGAGUUGUCAAUCGCUGAAGUUCUACGUGGGAUGUGGAACAUCCAGUGUGUGUUGUGACGGAGGAAAGGGGUGAAGGAGUGAGGCUGACCCCGAACUAUGAAAAUAUGGGCCAGUGGUGCUGGCUGGUCUGAAUACCCAGUGGGUCAGUCAGAAUUUUAUUUUAACGUAUUUUUAUCCAUUUUCCAAAUAGCGAAAUAGAGAUGUCUACGGGUGUGGCGGACUCAAAAAACAAGUAUUCCAUAUUACUUCCAACUUACAAUGAAGUGGAAAAUCUACCCAUUAUAGUAUAUCUUAUCAUAAAAUAUAUGAGUAAAAGUGUCUACGAUUUUGAAAUUAUUGUGAUUGAUGAUGGCAGUCCAGAUGGCACAUUGGAAGCAGCACAACAACUACAAAAGAUUUAUGGUGAGGACAAGAUAGUAUUAAGGCCAAGAGAGAAAAAGUUAGGUCUAGGCACAGCUUAUAUCCAUGGUAUUCAACAUGCUACUGGAAACUUCAUUAUCAUUAUGGAUGCAGACUUGAGUCAUCAUCCUAAAGCUAUUGCAGAGUUCAUCAAAAAACAAAAGGAAAAGGAUUAUGACAUUGUAUCAGGGACAAGAUACAUAGGAGCAGGUGGAGUAUAUGGUUGGGAUUUCAAGAGGAAACUUGUUUCAAGAGGUGCUAAUUUUCUUACACAACUCUUGCUGAGACCUGGGGCUUCAGACUUGACAGGCUCAUUUAGGUUGUAUAAAAAAGAUGUUUUAGAGAAACUUAUCAAGAGUUGUGUUUCCAAAGGGUAUGUUUUUCAAAUGGAAAUGAUAAUCAGAGCAAGGCAGUUAAAUUAUACAAUAGGUGAAGUACCUAUAACCUUUGUGGACAGGUUAUAUGGGGAGUCGAAGUUAGGAGGUACAGAGAUUAUACAGUUUGUAAGAGCUCUUUUGUAUCUGUUUGCCACCACAUAAUUUGCUUUUAACAUUCAUAUUUUGCCUUUAUUUGUUGUAGGAAAUAUUUGUAUCUGUAAAAUACAUUGAACAUUGAAACAUUUGUUUAUUUAUAUAAAUGGUCUAUUUCAUUUUUAUUUACAUUGCAUUAUAUGAUUUAAUAUUAUCAUAACGACAGUGAUGUCCGAUGUUACUCCCACUAGGCGGUGGUGCUUGAGGUUUAAAGCUGUCAAACAUAGAUGGGGAAAAAAGAUUCGAUAGACACGUAAUGGGAGAAAGAUUUGACAGAAAAAUAACAUAUUGUUCACGUUUUUACGUCUAUUGACGUAAAUAGCUGAUCAGUAGUUGACAUGUUAUAGAUUACGAAAUAAGAUAAUGAUGCUGUCUUAUAGAAUUUAUAAGCAGACAUUAAGAUAUAAAAUUAUGUAAAUACAUAUAAUGAUAAUACUAUUUAAUAUAAAUAAUACAUUUUCAUAAAUACCUAAAGCUACUAUUUACAAAGUCAUUAUACAACCUUCACAUUUACUGCUGCCGUUUUCUGUUUAUCUACAACUUGCAGUAUAUUAACAGUAGUAGUAUUGAUAAUAAAAUUAUGUUUACAAACUGGUGCUCUUGCACAUUCCAUAUGUCAAGUCUUAAAAUUAAAUAAAAGUUCUAUUUACUUCUUUUA